AUGGCGUCGGACACUGACGCCUCCCAAAUACGAGAUGAUCCCAAUCCUGCCUCGUCAAGUCCCCGUGCAGAUGCAGGCGCAGCAAGUUCAGACGCCAUAUUGCCAGUCAUAGAAGGGAAGGCGGUGCCGCCGUCUGAUCGUACUGCAUCCUACUCUGAGGAAAAGGCCUCCUCCAAGGACACCGCAGAGGCUACUGGAGUCGAGACAACCGUGCAAGGUGUCCAUGUUUUCAACCCUGCAGACCCGCUAGACUUUGGCCGUCAUCGUCGAGAAAAUGUCACUCGACGCCAGCUUAAACAGGACCAUCCAAAUGGCAAUGAGAAGAAACUGAAAAAGUUCUAUACUCGCCAAAACCGGCUCAUUGACCAAUUUCUCGGCGCCGAUGACGAAGAGCGCCUCGCCGUAGAAGAGGAUGCCCGCAUGGGACCCAAGAUCAAGUUUGCCGUCAACGCGUCCUUCACCGUCAACUUUUGUCUUUUCGUCAUCCAGCUUUAUGCCGCCAUAUCUACUGGAUCUCUCUCCCUCUUCGCAACCGCCGCCGAUGCCUUUAUGGAUCUCGUUUCCUCUUUCGUUAUGCUCGUAACCUCCAGGAUGGCUGCGAGGCCGAGUGUGUAUAAGUACCCAGUUGGCCGGACGAGAAUUGAGACGAUUGGUGUCAUCCUCUUCUGUGCCUUGAUGACGACUGUUGCCAUCCAGCUCUUGAUUGAGUCCGGCCGUGCGCUAGGCGACGGAGAGCAAGAGGCAGAAAAGUUGCACAUAGUCCCCAUCAUUUUCGUGAGCGUUGCAAUUUUUGCCAAGGGCACAUUGAUGGUCUACUGCUUCUUCUACCGAAAGUACCCGUCGGUUCAUGUGUUCUUUGUCGACCAUCGAAACGAUAUUGCCGUUAAUCUCUUUGGUCUCAUCAUGUCCAUUACUGGCGAUAGGUUCGUUUGGUAUCUCGAUCCCAUCGGUGCCAUCUGCAUCGCUCUCAUCAUUCUCUUCUCCUGGACCUCCAAUGCGUUCGAGCAAGUCUGGCUUUUGGUUGGCAAAGCCGCUCCUCGUGACUUCAUCAACAAACUGGUGUACAUUUCCAUGACUCAUGAUGAGCAGAUUUUGAAAGUUGACACCUGUCGUGCGUACCACGCUGGCCAAAAAUACUAUGUCGAGGUUGAUGUCGUCAUGGAUGAAUCUGCUCCUCUGAGGAUUACUCACGAUGUCGCCCAGGGCCUCCAGAGGAAGAUUGAAGGCCUUGCUGAUGUAGAGAGGGCAUUUGUUCACGUCGAUUAUGAACAUGAGCACGACAUCCACGAGGAACACAAGCCGUUAUACGAAAAGAAGCAGGACAAGGCCAAAGUAAGCCUCAAGGAGAGGCUGCUAGGCGCGAGGAAGAAGGGCGAGGAGGCGGCCAUAGGGGAUAAGACGAGCUAA